AAUGCGGACCAAUCGAAACACAGUUCUUGCCGUCUUUUUUCGCCAAUCAAGUUGGACGAACAUCAAUUUAACUGCAUUUUGAUUGGUUGAACGAAUUUGACAGAUCUAUAAAGUGCGGAAUCUAGGAUAUUUGUUCAGUGAUUGACAGAUGUUUCUCACUUUGAUGGUCUAUGGGUCAGAAGUUACGUGAUUGGUUAUUCUUGGCCUGAAUUUGGAUUGUUUGGUUAUUUCCUCAUAUGAUUUUGACUUUACAAGUCUGUGCUUGUUGAAUUUUGUAAUCAAAAGUCAAAACCAACGGCCUGUUAUUGUGAUUGUCAUAAAGUGUGCUCCAUUGUCUCCAUUUCGUAUUUCGUUGAAACGUCAUGGAAGUUUAACAUUUAAAUUUUCAUAAGUUAAUGUCAAAAUUGUAUUACGUUUUGUGGUCAAAAUCAUACAAAGUUCCCAAUUCGCAUACUUGAUAAUUAGGUGAAUUAUGGCAGAAGCUGUAAACAGUGAAAGCAGUAAUAAUGAUGACCUCAAGGAGAAAUGUGACAGUCCAGAAUGUGCUGUUUGUCUUCAACCGUGUGUGCACCCAGCACAACUACCUUGCGGGCAUAUUUUUUGUUUUCUGUGCGUAAAAGGAUUUGCGAACCAAAACAAGAAAUGUGCUAUGUGCAGGCAGGAAAUACCGAGGGAUUUCAUCGAUCAACCGAAUUUAUUACAACUCCCGGUGUCACUUGAUAACGCACAAGGGUUCGAUGGAGGAUACCAAUGGUUUUACGAAGGGCGAAAUGGGUGGUGGCAAUACGAUGAACGUACAAGUAAAGAACUUGAAUAUUCUUACAAAAACGGUGAAAAAACUUGCGAAUUGCUGAUUGCUGGAUUUCUGUAUAUCGUGGAUCUGGAAAAUAUGCUCCAGCUGAGACGAAACGAUCCAUCUCGAAGACGAAGGAUUAAAAGAGAUCAUGCAAAUAUCCCAAAAAAAGGUAUAGCGGGUCUACGUACCGACGAGGAAAGAAGUAUUUUAGAUACUUACGAGGAGAGACCCCUCAGCCCUAUAGACGGAAGGACUGACAACGUGGUGCCCAUCACUCCGUCUAAUACACCGCAGAGUCCAACGAGCGGAAGAGAAUCUCCAGAUCAGGAACAGGAUUUGCAGGCUACCGUGGAAAGAAUCAGUUCCUUAAGGUUGGACACCAACCCGAAUUUAAAUGAAACCAGCAACAUCCUGAGCGGUAUUGUUACAGAAAGUCACCACAGUAGGCGUAGAAGAAAGCAACUUACAAAAAACGACUACAUCAGCGUACUUUGCAGCCCAAACUAGAUGUAAUUAUUGGAUUUGGAAAUGAGUUAAAUGAUUAAUAACUUAAGUUCCAUGCAUCUUUCAGUUAAUUUUGAGUGUACAUUUACGUACACGAGUGUAAUGUCGAACGGUACAUUUGAACUACUUUUCGUAAGUUACAAAAUCUCUGUAAUUCUAUUUCCAUUCACAUCCAAUCAAAUUUAAUUUAAAAUUUUCCCAGUUUUGACUAUUCAGUAUUGUAAAAACUAAGUACAGGUUUAUCUUGUUUUAUUACAAAUUUUAUUUUGAUACACAAUACGAGAUAAAUGUUUUCAAGUAAUUAUUGGAUUUGG